AUGACGACCGAAACCUCGACAACCAUCAAGGUCCGACAGUAUCGCCCAGAAGAUCAUGCUCAAGUCACCAAAAUCUACGUGGAGGGUUUGAUGGCGGCCGAUCCUAAUCCAGAGUAUCGCUAUCUAUGGGAGGAGCUCCUUCGCAAGGACCUGACGAAUGACCUAGCGGACAUUGAAGGAAGUCACAUGGCUUCGGGUGGAAACUUCUUGGUUGCAGUGGCGACAAAGGCUGGAAUCAGCAAGGUCGUGGGUAUUAUCGGCCUGUUGCGAGUAUCGGAGAAAGAAGGACAAAUUCGACGCGUGUUUAUGGAUCCGAAUUACCAGCGCAUGAGUGUCGGCCGAAAAAUGAUCUCAGAACUUGAGAUCUGGGCCAAGCAGAACGGGGUUAAGAGUGUAUUUCUAACAACGAACGCCAACAACGAGAAGCCACAAGCAUUUUACACGGCACUCGACUACACCAAGGUGGAUGAAGAACAGUACGACUGGAAAGACCCUCUCUACUUCCGCGUCUUCAAAUUUGUCAAGCAGUUGUAG